CAACACUGCGCGCGAAGCAAACACGGCGAGGAUAAAGCAAGAUGGCGUCUGACGGUGAAGACGUUAUUGCAGUCACAGUUCAAUGUUCUUAAUCUGUGCCUCCAUGUACACAUAUAUGUCCUUUAUUACACUCUAGUAAAGAGAGUAAACAUCGUUAAUAACUGUUUGCAUCCGGUUAUAUUAGUCUGAGCGCACUUUGAUGCUUCUCGAGCUAGCUUAGCUUGCUAGUUAGCUUAGCUUGUUAGCUGCUAACAAAGAGAGGCGGAAGUGAUCAAAACACAUCACUAAGUAGAGAUCAAGUGUGAGUGUAAAGUGUUGUGAUUGUGUGAAAAUGUGCCAAAGAACCACAGCAAAGUACGAGGAGGAACUUUGUCCAACAAAAGAGGAGAAGGAGCGACAACAUGAAAAACCUCAAGUUGUGUUACACAGAACAGACAUCCAUCAGCUGAUUGAACACCAAGAAGAAUGUUUCCCUCAUCUGCAGGGGGACAGUUUCACUUUAGAGUAUCCACAGCCCUCACAUUUUAAAGAGGAAGAGGGGGGAGAGUGUCUUCUAGGGCAGGAGGAGGCUGAUGUCAGCAAGUUUCCACUGACUGUUGUCUCUGUGAAGAUUGAAGAGCAUGAAGACAAAGCAGCUGAGUCCUCACAGCUUCAUCACAGUCCAAACGUUGAAGAAGAACCUCCACCCCAUGAGCAGGAGGAAGAACCACAGUCCCCCCACAUACAUGAGGAAGAAGAGGUACCACAUUCCCAACACAUUAAAGAGGGAAGAGAAGAGCCACAGCCCCCCCACAUUAAAGAGGAAGACGAGACGCCACAGACCCACCGUGUUAAGCUGACCCUUCACAUUAAAGGGCAAGCGGAGGACCCACUGAUCUUACACAUCAAAAAGGAAGAGGAGGACCCACUGACCCCUCACUUUAAGGAGCAAGAGAACCCGCUGACCCCUCGCAUUAAAGAGGAAGAGGAGGAGCAAGAGGCGGUGCACAUUAAAGAGGAAGAGGAGGAAGAGGGCAUCAGUCAGCCUAAAUGGUUGGAGGAGUUCCCAGUGACUGGUGUCCCUGUGAAGAGUGAAGAUGAUGAGGUGAAAGGUGAAAGUGAGGAGAGGGGAGGGGGGGAGCCUCCAAGCAGCAGCUCAACACAACACAUGACAACAGAAGCUGAUGGAGACCACUGUGGAGGAUCACAAGCAGACCAGCUCUUAGCUCCACUAUCAGAUAGUGAGGACACAACCUCACACUCUCCUGACACUGAUGAUGAAGACUCUAAAGAUGAUGCAACAUGUCACACUGACAACACUCACUUCACAUGUUCUACCUGUCACAAAACUUUUACAUACUGUCGUAAUCUGAAAAGACACAUGAGAACACACACCGGAGAAAAAACUUUUUCCUGUUCGACCUGCGGUAAAGUUUUUACACAAAGUCACUAUUUGAAAGUACACAUGAGAAUACACACUGGAGAAAAACCUUUUAUCUGUUCAACCUGUGGUAAAAGUUUUACAAGAAGUGAAGAUGUGAAAAGACACAAGAGAACACACACUGGUGAAAAAAUGUUUUCCUGUUCACUGUGUGGUAAAGGUUUUACACAAAGUCACAGUUUGAAAGCACACAUGAGAACACACACUGGUGAAAAACCCUUUUCCUGUUCAACCUGUGGUAAAGGUUUUACACAAGGUCAGAAUUUGAAAAGACACAUGAAAACACACACUGGUGAAAAAUCACAUUCUUGUUCAAUCUGCGACAGAAGCUUUUGUCAUCGAUCAAACCUUGUAGCACACAUGACAACACACACUGGUGAAAAACCUUUUUCUUGUUCAAUCUGUGGUAAAGGUUUUACACAAAGUAGUAGUUUAAAAGCACACAAGAGAACACACACUGGGGAAAAAUCAUAUUCCUGUUUAAUAUGCAACAGAAGCUUUUGUCAACGAUCCAACCUUGUAGCACACAUGAGAAGACACACUGGUGAAAAGCCCUUCACAUGUUCAAUCUGCAACAGAAGCUUUUGCGACCAAUCAAACCUUGUAGUACACAUGAGAAGACACCCAGGAGAGAAAGUGUUGAGUUGCAGUGUGUGUGGUGAAAGAUUGUCUUCUAAGUACCAGUGUAAGAAACACAAGUGUGCUGGUGAGAACAGCAGCAGCAAAUGAAACUGCAGGAUUUGAAAUAAACGGUGUAUAACAUGUAUAAUAUAA